CCCCAUCCUAAGGAACAUAACAAAGUGUUAAUGUGGUAUAAAAAUGGCUUCCAAUGAGCUAGGUAAUGAAGCAAAGGAGAUACUAAGAGAUCAUUAUGGGGAUUUAGCUAAAAACAUACAAAAUCCAGUUCAAUUGGCCGAAGAGCUAUAUCAAUAUAGGAUAAUAAGUGAGGCGGCUUUAGGAGAGAUAAAGACAGAAGGAUGGACCACUCCUAACAGAAAUACUGCCCUACUAAGAAAUGUACGCCUUGCCAUCGGGCAGGAUCACACUCGAUUGAGAGUGGUAGCACGAGCAUUGGCGAAGGAUAUAGGAGUUAGUUCCAUUGGAGACGAGAUUCUACAGAGUUGUAAAAUGAAGUUUGGUCAGGAGGAGGAGAACAAUGAUCUUUUAAUAGUAGAAGAGCCUGUUCCAGUUCGUUCUAUUGAUAGGCACACGAUACUCAGGUCUGAUGAUCUUGCCACACUGGAGAGGCUCCUGAAGGAUGUCAAUGAUUGGGAAGGGCUGGGAUUAUUUCUUGGGAUUAAGAAGACAUCAAUCAAUCGUAUAGGAAGAGACAAAAAAGGUGUAAGGGAUUGCCGUCGUGAGAUGCUGUUCUGUUGGUUGAGUGGCAGUAGGGAUGACAUGAGUUCCAAUGUUGAGCGUACUUUUAAUGCUUUAAUUAAAGCUUUGAAAGAUAUAGAAAAUCAAGAAGCUAUUGAUGGAAUUGAAUCUUUUUUAUCAAAGUGAUUCAUCAAUGUUUUGAUUAUUUUUGUAUUUUUUUUCUAUUGUAAAUUUAAUUUUUUUAAAUUUUGAUGUUACACCAAUGAGACCAUCAA